AUGAUUCAAUCAAUUGGUAUCCUUUCACGAUCUGGUAAAAUUCUUGUGUCUCGACAAAAUGUUUCUAUUGCGAGAACACGAAUUGAAGGAUUAUAUGCUACGUUCAUCCGUAUGUGUAAUACAAUAUCAAAUUCCUCAUUUGAAACUGAUGGAGUCCGAUUUUUGUUUAGACUAUGUGAAGAUGUUUAUAUAGUAUUGAUUACGACAUUAUCUUCUAAUGUUAUAGAAGACACUGAAAUUAUGAAUGCUAUCAUUGCAUCAUUUCAACAGAAAUUAACUAUUACAUCAAAAGGAAUUACACAAGGAAUGUUUGAAGUGUUAUUUAUUUUAGAUGAAUUUCUUCAAUGGGGAUUUGUAGAAAAGAUUUCUGUAAGUAAUGUUAGAGCCAAUUUAGCAAUGAGAAGUAAAGAUGAAGAAAUGUAUUUACAACAAUUAGAAAUAAAAAAGGCUGAAGCAGCUCGUAUUGCAAAACAAAAAGCGGAGGAAAUUAGAGAAGAAAAAGAAUUAAAAGAGAAACUUGCUAUGUUACAAGGUCUUCAAACUGAUAAUUUUUUCGAACCAUCUCCUAAUAAAACACCAUUAUCUACUGAUUAUAUUCCUGUUAAAGAAACACCAUCUCCAAUAUUAGAGAAGAAAACAGUUAAAAAGACAGUUAAAACUGGACAUGCUAAAGGAGGUUUACAAUUAGGUAAAAAGAAACCAGCAGAAACUAUUAUAGAAGAAAUAAAGAAAGAUCAAGAAGAAAAUACAAGCUCUAAUGCUGGUGUUUCAGACCAAAUCAAAGAAGAAAAGAAAUUAAUGGUUUCUAAUGCAAUUGUAAAAGUUAAUGAAGAGUCACAUAUUACAGUUAGUGCUGAGACUAGUGCAAUUAAUGUUGUAUUAAAUGGAUCACUUGGAAUUGCUGUUGCUGAAGGAGUAGAAGCAGAAAUGAAAUUAGCACCAAUUGGAGUUGUUGCUAAAGCACAAAUGCAUCCACACGUGGAUCCAAAAGCAUUUGUAGAACGUAUAUUAAAAUUAAAAGAAGGAAAAAAGUUAGCAGUUAACACACCAGCAAUUUAUAUUAAAUGGAACUAUAAAGCAGAAGAAUUUUCAUUACCAAUAACAUUUACAUGUUGGCCAGCAGAAGCACAAAAUGGAUUAACAUUGUCAAUGUCAUAUGAAGCAACACAAGAAUUGAAAGAUGUUGUUGUUGAAAUACCGAAUCUUGGACCAAUUACUGUAAUUAGUAUUGAUGGUAAUUUAGAAGUUACUGAUAAAAUACAAUGGAUUAUUGGAGAUAUUAGUGAUGGAAGUAAUGGUUCAUUAGAAAUUGAAAUUUCUGGAGAAGGAUUGGAAACAUCAAGACUCUUCCCUAUUUCUGUUGAAUAUCUUCAUGAACACACUCUUACUGGAAAUGAGGUUGUAGAAGUAAUUUCAAAUGGUCAAUCAAUAGAAUUUGAAAAAGAAGUUAUGUUGAAUGCAACAUAUCAAAUAAUACCUUAA